AUGCCGGCACUCGUGACGUCCACAGCUAGUUCGGCCGCUGCAGCGGACCGCCUCAUCCAGGAACUGUCAACAGCGCUUUCCGCACCAGCAUCAGGAUCAGAUGCCAACAGCAACACCGCAUCCGCUCUGCAGAAUGUACAGAAGCAUGCUCGCUCCUUCGGCUUCUCCUCGAAACAGUGCGAGCAGCUUGUUCGACUCGCCCUGCUUGGACGACUCCAGCCUCUGUCAGCUACCGGCACGAGCAGAUCUGCCAGACAGAAGGCGCCCAAGACAUCCGUGUCUCUGGGCAUCCUACGAUCAGUGAUCCCGAAACCACGCGCAAAGGUCGGCAGACAAGCCGUCCUCGACAUUAUCGCGUCUCUAGGUCCAUCUCCAGGCACAGACACGGUCAAAGUGGCAGGCCUGCGGGAGGACGACCGCAACACAGCAGGGCCCAGUCUUGGACCAGAGAGACUCAAAGUGGACAGCAAAGUCCAGGUGGCAGCCAUCAAGCUGCUCUCUGUCCUUCUCGAGUCGCCUUCAGUGCCGCUAUCGGUCGCAUCAAACUUUUACACCGAAGCCGAGAGCAGCGGAAGAGGGAGGCCGCCACGUCAAGAAAGGCAGCGGGAUCAACGAGAGCAGGAACGUCUGCAAAGGCAUGCGGCUCAGUACACGGGACUCGCUGGAAGCCUGCCAACAUCGUACCUCACCACCUCUGCCAAGACGACACUCGAAAAGUGCUACUCGACUCUGUUCCACUUUCUCGACUAUCAAUCCCUGCGCCCUCACCUCUGCUACCUGCUUUGCCGCCUCACAAAGCGAAGGCACGUGCGACACUACAGGAUCACCAAGCUCAUGGCGAUGCGGACCAACUCGGCACCUGAAGCUGGAAUUUCGGCUGUGCUGUCGACCUAUGCCAACUUCUACCCUGACCUGCUCUUCCCGGAGCUGCUGGGAGGCGGCGGUGCAGGCAGCUCUGCGAUCGCCGGGGGCUCAGCAGCGGGUCUCAAGUAUCCCGACUCCGACUGGAUUGCCUCUGUGCUUCUUGCGCACGCACGCUGCGCACGCCGCCGUGACGGAGAAACAGUCGAAUCCGACGACGAGGCCGAGACCGACGCUGAAGCAGGCGGCAGAGCAGCAAAGAAGCAACGUCUGUCUUCCAAAGCAGUCCGAGACGGAGCUGACGGCGACGAAGCAGCCAUCACUUCCGCCGCUCCCACAUCGAUCCCCAUUCCGAACUUGGUCACCAUCCAACCGCUCAACUCGGCACAGAAAGCCUUCGGAACGCACCCUUCCCUCAUCACCGAGCUCUCAUCGUUGCGUCAUCUCGCGCAUAGCUUGGACCGGCUGGUUCUGCCUUCGCAGGCGGCUGCGAUGCUUGGGAGCGGCUUCGGCUCGCGACUCAUGCGUGUAGCCGUGCUGGCUGGUGCGACCAUCACCAACGAGGACUCGCUCAGCCAGACGAUUCCGGCGGGCAGGAGGAAUAGGCAGGCUGAACAGGACCUUUGCUGGGCACGCUUGUCGGACUGGCUCGAGAGCGUGCUGAGCGACGAGCUCGGCGUGCAGACUCGAUCAACGCAGCGUCAACAGCUCAAGCUGCCGGCGACUGAAGCGGAGUUCAAGCGACUGGCAGCGCUGCUGCGCCGGACGAGAUACGUGUUUGAGCUGGCUGAGCAGAUGCCAGUCAGACUGGAGGACUUGACCUCGACAGUGCUCCUGGCGAUCGCGCAGGUGGCUGAGGCCGACAGCACGCAAGCACAUGAUCCGGCGGUAGACGCAAAGAAUGUCUGGUCGGAACGAUGGGAUCAGCUCGCCCGCGAAGUGCUUCCGUUCGUGCCUCUCGUCACGCCUUCGGAUCUGGCAUCCUUCGAAGAGCGAUUCCUAGCACCUCUGGAGGUGUUGGCUACGUCAAGCAAGGUUUCGCUGGACACCUCUGCGGCUGUGCUGUUGGCUCUUUCGGGCAUGCUCGACAACUGGGGUUCGCGCGACUGGUCUAACAUCGGCAAGACGCUCGACGCACGCCAUUCGUAUCGAUGGGGAAUCGCCAACCUCGACGCGGCGAUCGACUACACAGAGCUUAUCUCGAGCGUCUCUGCACGCACCGACGCACUUGCAACCUCGCUGAUUGGGCUGUACCCACGCCACGUGCUGAUCGAGCACGCGGUGCUCUCGGUCUACGAGAUGCUCUCCGGUCCGCUCGCCGGCAUGCGGGCUAGUGCGACCAUCCCGGCGCUGCCGCUCUUCGCCUUCACGCUGCACGCUACGACCCUGGUCCCCGUCUCGCGUCUCUGCGGGCUGGUGCAAGACCUGCGCUCCGCCUUCGAGGACCACAAUGCGGGCACGCAUCCCGCGCCCACCAUCGACGGCGGGCUCGAGAGCAAGGUAUACGAUCUCCGUUCGACCUUCUUUGAGGAAGAAAACCUAGCCACGCUGAAUAGCAACGUUACACUGGUCGCAAACCUUGUGUGGCUGGGCAAGCUGGUUACGGGCACCGACGUCGUCGGUGGCCUGCCUGCAGGAAUCGACGAGGCGGUCCUCGCCGAUCUCACGCAACGUGGGGACGAUCUCAAUCUCAAAUUGGCCACCCUGGCGAAUACGCCCUUUUCGCGGGCGAUGAGCCACAUCAGCGAGCGCUUUGCGAAUGUUUACUGCUCGCAGAGAGACGCUGAGUCGGCCGAGCACGACGGUGGCAUCAGGGGUCCUGUCACGGUCAAAACGCUCAAGGCUGCUAAGAAAAACGGGAUUCCGGCAGGAUGGACGCAUACGGACUUUAGGGCGUACAUGCUCGACUGGCUGGACCGGGAGGGCGCGCACGGGAUGUAUGAGCUGUUGAAGAAUAUCCUGGUGACGUUCGGGAGUCAGCUGAAGAGCAUCCGUGGAGAGACGCAGGCGGAGGCGGAGACCGCCUAG